AUGAUGAGAGUUGACCAUUCCUGGAGCGGACAAGAGUGAGGAGGAGCAGAGGACCGUGAACUAUGAGGCAGGGAAAGGUGCAUCGAGGGCCCGCUCGCUGUGGAGACUGGAGCCGCUCCGAAUCAGCUGGAGCGGGAGCCACAUCCGGUGGGGCCAAGCCUUCCGACUACGCCACCUGUCGACCGGUCACUACCUGGCCCUGACUGAGGACCGUGGAUUAGUGCUGCAGGACAGGGAAAAGUCCGACACCACGGCCACCGCCUUCUGCUUCAAGGUGUCCAAGGAAAAGGGCGACUCGGGCCUGAAGCGGGACAUAGAGGGAAUGGGGAUGCCAGAGAUCAAAUACGGUGACUCGGCCUGCUUCGUCAUGCAUGUGGCGACUGGACUGUGGCUGACCUACCAGGCGCCCGACGCCAAGUCAUCUCGCUUAGGACCAUUAAAGCGAAGGGCCUGCCUGCAUUCUGAAGGUCACAUGGAUGAUGGGCUGACCCUGCAGCGCUGUCAACAUGAAGAGUCACGAGCCGCACGCAUCAUCCGCAACACCACCUUCCUCUUCACCAACUUCAUAAGGGCUUUGGACAGAAUGACAGCGGGCGAAUCCACGGCGGUGGCUGGUUAUGUGGAAGAAGUGCUGCAGACGCUGAACGACCUGAUUGAGUACUUCAAGCAGCCUGACUCGGAGCUAGAGCACGAGGAGAAACAGUGUCUCCUCCGUUCACUCAUUAAACGUCAAGAUCUCUUCAAAGAGGAAGGGAUGCUGACCCUCCUCUCCAAAUGCAUCGAUCGCAUGAACCUGUACAACAGUGCUGCCCACUUUGGAGAGAUGGCGGGCGAGGAGGCAGGCGCGGCCUGGAAGGACAUUCUCAACCUCCUCUAUGAACUCUUGGCUGCUCUGAUCCGUGGGAACAGGAAUAACUGCACCCAGUUUUCACGAAACUUGGACUGGUUGGUCAGCAAACUGGAGAGACUGGAAUCUUCUUCAGGAAUCCUGGAAGUCCUCCACUGUAUCUUGGUUGAAAGUCCUGAGGCUCUGAACAUCAUCCAGAGAGGACACAUUAAAUCGAUCAUCUCUCUGCUCUACAAGCACGGACGCAACCAUAAGAUUCUAGAUGUCCUGUGUUCCCUCUGCGUUUGUAACGGCGUGGCGGUGAGGGCCAAUCAGAAUCUGAUCUGCGACAACCUGCUUCCCAAUAGGGACCUGCUGCUUCAGACUCGACUGGUCAACGAUGUCCAGAGCAUGCGGCCCAACAUCUUCCUGGGUGUGGCUGAAGGUUCCGCCCAGUAUAAGAAGUGGUAUUUUGAGCUGGUGAUUGACCAGGUGGACCACUUUGUAACCGGCGAGCCGACUCACCUGAGGGUCGGCUGGGCCAACACCAAAGGCUACGCUCCCUACCCCGGGGGAGGAGAGGGGUGGGGGGGCAACGGCGUUGGGGACGACCUCUACUCGUACAGCUUUGAUGGACUUCACCUCUGGUCAGGGCGAAUCCCCAGAGCCGUGUCCUCCAUUAACCAGCACCUGCUGAACUCUGAUGAUGUGGUGAGCUGCUGUCUGGAUCUGGGCGCUCCCAGCAUGUCCUUCAGGAUCAACGGUCAGCCUGUGCAGGGAAUGUUUGAGGACUUCAACACCGACGGCUUUUUCUUCCCCGUCGUCAGCUUCUCUGCCGGCGUCAAGGCUCGUUUCCUGUUGGGCGGUCGCCAUGGAGAUUUCAAGUUCCUGCCGCCUGCGGGUUACUCGCCGUGCUACGAGGCGCUCCUGCCCAAAGAGAAGAUGCACGUGGAGCCGGUAAAGGAGUACAAGAGGGACCACGAGGGGGUCCGCGACCUGCUGGGAACUACACCGUUUCUGUCCCAGGCCUCAUUUAUUCCCACUCCUGUGGACACCAGCCAGAUUGUUCUUCCCCCUCACCUCGACAAUGUCCGGGAAAAGCUGGCAGAAAAUAUCCACGAACUCUGGGGGAUGAACAAAAUUGAACUGGGCUGGACUUAUGGAAAGGUGCGUGAUGAUAACAAGAGGCAGCACCCCUGCCUGGUGGACUUUGCCAAGUUGCCUGAAACAGAAAGGAACUACAACCUCCAGAUGUCCAGUGAAACACUAAAAACCCUGUUAGCACUCGGAUGCCACGUUGUCCAGGUCAACAUUCAUGCUGAGGACGAUCUGAAGAACAUUAAACUUCCAAAAGACUACAUGAUGUCUAAUGGAUACAAGCCGGCGCCGCUGGACCUUUCUGACGUGAAACUGACCCCAGGUCAGGAGGUUCUGGUUGAUAGACUGGCCGAGAACGCACACAAUGUGUGGGCCAAAGACAGAAUUAAACAAGGCUGGACCUACGGCAUCCAGCAGGAUUUGAAGAGCAGACGUAAUCCUCGCCUGGUGCCGUACGCUUUACUGGACGAGCGCACAAAGAAAUCUAACAGGGACAGUCUGAGGGAGGCCAUCAGGACCGUGGUGGGUUAUGGGUAUGACAUCGACCCCCCGGACCAAGAGGCCGUCCACACGGUGGACGAUCAAAGCAUUGAGACCAUUCGUUUCUUCCGGGUGGAGCAAACAUAUGCUGUGAAGACGGGAAAGUGGUACUACGAGUUUGAGGCUGUGACUGGAGGUAACAUGAGGGUUGGCUGGGCCAGACCAGCCUGCAGACCCGACAUGGAACUCGGAGUGGAUGACCAGGCCUUUGUCUUCGAUGGAUACAGGGCGCGACGAAUGCACGCCGGCAGCCGUUACUUCGGACACCCGUGGAAAAAGGGCGACGUGGUUGGUUGCAUGAUCAACAUGGAGGACAAAUCCAUGACCUUCACCCUGAACGGAGAGCUGCUGAUCACCAACAAGGGCUCUGAACUUUGCUUCACUGAUUUUGAGGCGGAUGAUGGUUUCAUCCCAGUGUGCUCUCUGGGCAUGUCCCAGAUCGGACGCAUGAACCUGGGGAAGGACGCCAGCACCUUUAAGUACUACACCAUGUGCGGCCUCCAGGAGGGAUUUGAACCUUUCGCCGUCAACAUGAACCGAAACAUCACCAUGUGGUUCAGCAAGCGCCUGCCUACAUUUGUCAACACCCCCAAAGACCAUCCAGAUAUUGAGGUGACGAGGAUUGACGGAACAGUCGACAGCCCUCCCUGCCUCAAAGUUACCCACAAAACGUUUGGCACCCAGAACAGCAACAACGACAUGGUUUACUGCAGGCUGAGCAUGCCUGUGGAGUUCUACUCUGCAGACACGUUACUGGAUGAGUCGCAGAAACUCAGCCAACCUCCCAAAGAAGACGGAACUGUCGCCUACGGAAGCAUCACGACUUAUUACCACUCGGUGAGAGUGUUUGCUGGCCAGGACCCUGCCUCGGUCUGGGUGGGCUGGGUCACCCCCGACUAUCACUACUACAGCAAAAACUUCAGCCUCAGCAAGACGCAAAGUGUCACCGUUACUUUAGGAGAUGAGCGAGGCCGAGUCCACGAGAGUGUCCAGAGGAGUAACUGUUACCUGGUGUGUGGAGCCGACGCCAUGGGGCCGUCUUCUACUGGCCGCUCCAACUCUGACCUGGAGAUCGGCUGUCUCAUUGACCUGGCCACUGGCCUCGUCUUGUUCACUGCCAACGGCAAGGAGCUGCCAACCUCGUAUCAGGUGGAGCCAAACGCGAAGUUGUUCCCGGCCGUGUUUGUCCGUCCCACCAGUGCAAACCUCUUCCAGUUCGAGUUUGUCAAGAUCAAGGAUGCCAUGCCGCUGUCGUCAGCCAUAUUUAAGAGCGAGCACAUGAACCCGGUGCCACAAUGCCCGCCCCGGCUGGACAUCCAGACCAUUGUGGCAGUGCUGUGGAGCAGGAUGCCGAACACCUUCCUGAGCAUGGAGACGGCUCGGGUCAGCGAGCGGCACGGCUGGGUGGUGCAGUGUUUGGAACCGCUGCAGAUGUUGGCCGUCCAUAUACCUGAGGAGAACAGGUGUUUGGACAUCCUGGAGUUAUCGGAGCAUGAAGACCUGAGGACGUUCCACUACCACACACUGAAGCUCUACUGUGCGCUCUGUGCGCUGGGAAACACGCGCGUUGCUCACGCCCUCUGCAGCCACCUGGACCAAUCACAGCUCCUCUACACCAUCGACAACCAGUACCUGUCAGGCAUGCUGAGAGAUGGGUUCUACAAUGUGCUCAUUAGCAUCCACCUGGAGACGGCGAAGGAGGCUCGCCUCAUGAUGAACAAUGAGUUCAUCAUCCCUGUGACUGACGAGACUCGCUCCAUCAAACUCUUCCCUGAUGAGUCCAAGCGCCAUUCGUUGCCCGGCGUGGGACUGAGCACCUCGCUCAAACCGCGGGUCAACUUCUCCCCCGUUGGCAUCCUCAGCACAAAGCGACACCAGCACCUCUACAGUCCCCAGAUCCCCAUCGGAAUCCUGAAGGAGAAAGCCACCAGCAUGCUCACUGAGGCCGUGCAGGGCGGAGGCAUCCACAUCCGGGAUCCAGUAGGGGGCAGCGUGGAGUACCAGUUUGUUCCCAUCCUCAAGUUGAUCAGCACGCUGUUAAUCAUGGGGGUCCUCACAAGCGAGGAGGUGAGAUUGAUUCUCCUCCUGAUUGACCCCAACGUCUUUGGGGAUGCCAAGGAGGGUGAAGACGUGAAGGGGGAGGAGGUAGCUGUGGCGGGGGAGAAAGAGGAGGCGAGCAAGAAUGAGGAGAAGGCUGUGGAGGCAGGAGAGGAGGAGACGAAGGAGAGCAAAUCACCUGUUAAAGGUCUCCUGGAGAAGUCGCUGCCCGAGUCCGUCAAACGCCAGAUGUGCGAGCUGCUGCAGUACUUCUGCGACUGCGAGCUGAAGCAUCGCAUCGAGUCCAUCGUCUCUUUCUCCGACAACUUCGUGUCCAAGCUGCAGUACAACCAGAAGUUCCGCUACAACGAGCUGAUGCAGGCGCUCAACCUGUCCGCCGCCAUCACCGCCAAGAAGACCAAAGAGUUUCGCUCGCCCCCGCAAGAGCAGAUCAACAUCCUGUUAAAUUUCACGGCAGGGGACGACUGUCCCUGUCCCAAGGACAUCCAGGAGGAACUCGAUAGCUUCCACGAGGAGCUACGACUACACUGUGGAAUCCCAGUGGAGGAGGAAGAGAAAGAGCAGGACACAUCGAUAAAAGGGCGUCUUCUUGCUCUACUCUACAAGAUUAAAGGUCCACCCCAGAAGACUGAGGAGGAACCAACAGAGAAGCAACAGGCAGCUCCUACCAACCUGAAGGAGCUGAUCUCCCAGACCAUAACCAGCUGGGCCCAGGAGUCUCACAUCCAGGACCCGGAGCUGGUCAGAGUGAUGUUCAGCCUGCUGAGGAGGCAGUAUGACGGCAUCGGAGAGCUGCUGCGAGCCAUGAAGAAGUCCUACACCAUCAGCUCCGCGUCUGUGCAGGACACCAUUAACCUGCUGGUGUCUCUGGGUCAGAUCAGAUCUCUACUCUCGGUGCGGAUGGGCAAAGAAGAAGAGAAACUCAUGAUUGAUGGACUUGGUGACAUCAUGAACAACAAGGUUUUCUACCAGCACCCCAACCUGAUGCGAGUGCUGGGCAUGCAUGAGACGGUCAUGGAGGUCAUGGUCAAUGUGCUGGGAGGAGACAAAUCACAGGAAAUUGCUUUCCCGAAGAUGGUGGCCAGCUGUUGUCGUUUCUUGUGUUACUUCUGUCGUAUUAGCCGCCAGAACCAGAAAGCCAUGUUUGACCACCUGAGCUACCUGCUGGAGAACAGCAGCGUGGGACUGGCCUCUGAGGCCAUGCGAGGAUCCACCCCGCUGGAUGUUGCAGCAUCUUCAGUGAUGGACAACAACGGACUGGCCCUGGCCCUGGAGGAGCCUGACCUGGAGAAGGUGGUGAUGUACCUGGCAGGUUGUGGUCUGCAGAGUUGUGCCAUCCUGGUUGCUAAAGGUUACCCAGACCUGGGCUGGAAUCCCAUCGAGGGUGAACGCUAUCUGUCCUUUUUGAGAUUCGCCGUCUUCUGUAACGGGGAGAGCGUGGAGGAAAAUGCUAAUGUGGUGGUGAAGCUUCUGAUCAGACGUCCUGAGUGUUUUGGCCCCGCCCUGAGAGGAGAAGGAGGGCAGGGUUUGCUGGCUGCCAUGAAUGAGGCCAUCAAGAUCUCUGAGAAUCCGGCUCUGGAUCUCCCCAAAAUCACCACUGGAGUCACUGCUGGGUCUGGAGAGGAAGAGGAAGAAAUUAUCCACAUGGGCAAUGCCAUCAUGUCCUUCUACUCGGCCCUCAUUGAUCUGCUGGGACGCUGCGCUCCAGAGAUGCACCUCAUCAGUGCAGGUAAAGGUGAGGCGCUGCGUAUCCGAGCCAUCCUGCGCUCGCUGGUUCCCACGUCGGACCUUGUGGGCGUCAUCAGCAUCCCCCUGAAAAUGCCAGUGGUUAAUAAAGACGGCACAGUGACGGAACCGGACAUGUCCGCUUGUUUCUGUCCGGACCACAAGGCUCCCAUGGUACUCUUCUUGGACAGAGUCUACGGCAUUGAGCACCAGAGCUUUCUGCUCCAGCUUCUGGAGGUUGGCUUCCUGCCUGACCUCCGAUCCUCUGCGUCUCUGGACACAGAGGUGCUGAGUACCACAGAGACGGCGUUGGCCAUGAACAGGUACAUCGGCUCAGCGGUGCUGCCUCUGCUGACCCGCUGCGCCGCCCUGUUCGCCAGCACCGAGCAUUAUGCACAGCUGAUCGAUUCCACACUUCAGACCAUCUACAGGUUGUCCAAAGGCCGCUCGCUCACCAAGGCCCAAAGAGACGCCAUUGAGGAGUGUCUGCUGGCCAUCUGCAAGCACCUGCGUCCUUCCAUGAUGCAACAGUUGCUCCGACGGCUGGUGUUCGAUGUUCCGAUGCUCAGUGAAUAUUGCAAGAUCGCUCUCCAGCUAUUGAUCAACCACUACGAGCAGAACUGGAAGUACUACUGCAUGCAGUCUGGUAUGGGCAGCUUUGGCACUGCCUCCGAGGAGGAGCUCCUGCUCACCAAGAAGCUGUUCUGGGGAAUCUUUGAUUCACUCUCUCAGAAGAAAUACGAUGCUGAACUUUUCAAAAUGGCCAAGUCGUGUCUAUGUGCCAUCGCCGGAGCCCUGCCUCCAGACUUUGUGGACACCAGCCUCGGAGCCGCGGUGGAGAAACAGGCUUCAGUGGAUGCGCAGGGCAACUUUGAUCCCAAACCAAUCAGCACUGCCAAUAUCUCCCUUCCUGAAAAACUUGAGUACAUUGCCAACAAAUAUGCAGAGCAUUCCCAUGAGAAGUGGUCGACCGAGAAGGUGUCAGCGGGCUGGAAACAAGGAGACUGUGUGGAUGAACAGGUGAAAACUCACCCACUGCUCAAGCCUUACAAAGCUCUGAGUGAGAAGGAGAGAGAAACAUACCGGUGGCCAGUGAGGGAGUCACUGAAGAGCAUGCUGGCUAUGGGCUGGAACAUCGAGAGGACCAAGGAGGGAGAAGCCAUGUUCCAGCAACGAGAGAGUGAAAAACAGCAGAAGCCCGCAGACUCUCAGGUUGAUGGAUUCGGUCCUGCUCCAGUGGACCUGCACAAUGUCACUUUAUCUAGAGAGCUACAGGGCAUGGUGGAGGUGGUUGCAGAAAAUUACCACAACAUUUGGGCCAAGAAGAAGAAAACAGAACUGAUUAGCAAAGGAGGAGGGACCCACCCACUGCUGGUUCCCUAUGACACCCUGACAGCUAAAGAGAAGUACCGAGACAGAGAGAAGGCCCAGGAGCUCUUCAAGUUCCUGCAGAUCAGCGGAUACACCAUCACAAGAGGUCUGCAGGACAUCGAGCAAGACUCCUCAUCCAUGGAGAAACGGUUUUCCUACAUUUUCCUCAAGAGGAUGCUGAAGUACAUCGACUCUGCUCAGGAGUUUAUUGCUCAUCUUGAGGCAAUGGCCACCAGUGGGAAGACGGACAAAUCACCUCACGACCAGGAGAUCAAGUUCUUUGCCAAGGUGUUGCUUCCUUUGCUGGAUCAGACCUUUAAGAACCACUGUCUCUACUUCCUGUCCACGCCCAGCAAGAAUCUGAGCAGCUGUGGCUGUGCCUCCAACAAAGAGAAGGAGAUGGUCACCAGUCUGUUCUGUAAGCUGGCAGCUCUUGUCAGACACAGGAUUUCUCUCUUUGGAAGUGACUCGGCCAUGAUGGUGAGCUGUCUGCACAUCCUCACCCACUCGCUCGACACCAGGACUGUGAUGAAAUCUGGCUCAGAGCUGGUCAAAGCUGGAUUACGGACCUUCUUUGAGAACGCAGCGGAGGACCUGGAGAAGCUGGUGGAGAUGCUGAAACUGGGGAAGUUCAUGCUGUCCCGUGCCCAGAUGAAGAGCGUCAGUCAAAGCAUGAACUACGUGACGGUGGCGCUGCUGCCCAUCCUCACAGCCCUGUUCGAGCACAUCAGAACCCAUGAGUUUGGAGUGGAUCUGCUCUUGGAUGAUGUGCAGCUGUCGUGCUACAGAAUCCUGACGUGUUUCUACUCGCUGGGAACAGGAAAGAACGUCUUUGUGGAGAGGCACCUGCCGGUGCUGGGGGAAACCCUGGCCACCCUGGUGGGAGCCAUGCCUGUGGCAUUCCUGGAACCUCACCUAAAUGCUCACAACCCGCUCUCUGUCUUCAACACCAAGAGCCCCCGGGAGCGAGCCAUCCUGAGUAUGCCUGACACCGUGGAGGAGAUGUGCCCAGAGAUGCCUCGUUUGGACAGACUGCUGAAAGACGUCAGUGACGUGUCCGAAUCUGGUGCACGCUACAACGAGAUGCCACAGGUCAUUGAGGUGAUUCUUCCCAUGCUGUGUAACUAUCUGUCCUACUGGUGGGAGAAAGGUCCAGAGAACUCCCCCCCAGACACAUCGUGCUGCACCAUGGUGACCUCCGAGCACCUCAGCAUCAUCCUGGGAAACAUCCUGAAGAUCCUCAACAACAACCUGGGCAUUGAUGACGCAUCCUGGAUGAAAAGGAUUGCAGUUUACUCUCAGCCAAUCAUCUGCAAAGCUGGCGCAGACCUGCUGAGAAGCCACUUCUUACCUACACUGGCCAAACUGAGGAAGAAGACUGUGAAGGUUGUGGCCGAAGAGGAGCUGCUGAAGGCCGACAGUAAAGGUGAUAACCAGGAAGCAGAGCUGCUCAUCCUGGAUGAAUUUGCGGUGCUCUGCAGGGACCUGUACGCCUUCUACCCCAUGCUCAUCCGCUACGUUGAUAACAACAGGUCCAGGUGGCUGAAGGAACCGGAUGUGUACUCCACUGAGCUAUUCAAGAUGGUUGCUGAGAUCUUCAUCCUGUGGUGCAAGUCACAUAACUUUAAGCGUGAGGAGCAAAACUUUGUGGUUCAGAAUGAGAUCAACAAUCUGGGCUUCCUCACUGGAGAGGGCAAGACAAAGAUGUCAAAGUCGGGCGGGGACCAGGAGAGGAAACACAAGCGGCGGCGUGGGGAGUACUACUCCAUCCAGACCUCUUUGAUUGUGGCCGCCUUGAAGAAGAUGCUCCCCAUUGGCCUUAACAUGUGCACUCCAGGAGACCAGGAGCUCAUCUCUCUGGCCAAAAUACGCUACAGUCUGAAAGACACAGAUGAAGAAGUGAAGGAGCAUCUACGACAGAAUCUCCAUCUCCAGGAUAAGUCCGAUGAUCCUGCGGUCCAGUGGCAGAUGAACCUGUACAAGGACGUGGUGGUGAAGAUUGAACCGGUGCACCCGGACCACACGGUGGACAGAGUUCAGAGCAUCUCGGCUGCAGUCUUUCACCUGGAGCAGGUGGAGCAGCCGCUGAGGAACAAGAAGCUGGUGUGGCAGAAGCUGUUGUCCAAACAGCGUAAGCGUGCCGUGGUGGCGUGUUUCCGCAUGGCGCCGCUCUACAAUCUACCCAGGCAUCGCGCUAUCAACCUCUUCAUCCCGGCCUAUCAGAGACUAUGGAUAGAGGCAGAGGAGUACUCCUUUGAGGAGAAGCUAGUUCAGGAUCUGGCAGUAAGUACUGGGCUCAUCUUGCCCUCGCCCCACGCGCCCUGCGUUGGCGCCUCUCUGCCAGUCCUGUCUGCCGAAUGCUUCUUUAGCUCAGCGCCCAAUGAGCCCUGGGAACACGCCCGGGUGGGGACCUCGCACAAAGCAACCAGGGUCACCCGCUCUAGGCGUGCAAAACCCUUCAAACAGAGAUCCAUCAGGGGUCAGAGGCUGCAUGACCAACUCAGGAGACGCAGGGCCGGCGCUGGCGCUCACAGCUGUAGAAAAGCAGGCUAUGGCUUUGUGACCGCAGUGAAACGGCCGAUGAAGAUUGUGGAGGAGGAGGAAGAGGAGGUGGCUGAGAUCCAGCCAGACCCUCUCCACCAGCUCAUCCUCCACUUCAGCCACAACGCUCUGACGGAGAGAAGCCACUUGCAAGAAGAUCCUUUGUACAUUGCGUAUGCAGAUAUGAUGGCAAAGAGCUGUGCAGAGGACGAGGAGGAAGAAGAAGAGGAAGAAAAAGAGAAAACAUUUGAGGAAAAAGAGAUGGAAAAGCAGAAGACCCUGUAUCAGCAGGCUCGGCUCCACGCUCGCGGGGCUGCUGAGAUGGUGCUGCAGAUGAUCAGCGCCGCUAAAGGUCGUCUGGGCCCCAUGGUGACCUGCACCCUCAAACUAGGCAUCUCCAUCCUCAAUGGAGGCAACGUGCAAGUUCAGCAGAAAAUGCUUGAUUACCUGAAGGAGAAAAGAGAUGCAGGCUUUUUCAAAAGUCUGUCAGGACUCAUGCAGUCUUGCAGUGUCCUGGACUUGAAUGCAUUUGAGAGACAGAACAAAGCAGAAGGACUCGGGAUGGUGACAGAGGAAGGAUCAGGUUCCAAGGUGCUACAGAAUGACGAGUUUACAAAAGAUCUGUUCCGGUUUUUGCAGCUUCUGUGUGAGGGGCACAAUGGCGAUUUCCAGAACUUCCUGAGAACCCAAACAGGAAACACGAUGACGGUCAACAUCAUUAUCAGCACCGUGGACUACCUGCUCCGACUGCAGGAAUCGAUCAGUGACUUCUACUGGUACUACUCUGGCAAAGAUGUGAUUGAUGAAACUGGAAAAAUCAACUUCUCCCAAGCUUUAUCUGUGGCUAAGCAGAUAUUUAACUCUCUCACAGAGUACAUUCAGGGCCCGUGUAUUGGGAACCAGCAGAGUCUGGCUCACAGCAGACUGUGGGACGCAGUCGUCGGAUUCUUGCACGUGUUUGCCAACAUGCAGAUGAAGCUGUCCCAGGAUUCCAGUCAGAUUGAACUGUUGAAGGAGCUGAUGGAUUUGCAGAAGGACAUGGUGGUCAUGUUGCUGUCUCUGCUCGAGGGUAAUGUGGUGAAUGGGACAAUUGGAAAGCAGAUGGUCGACACCCUGGUGGAGUCUUCUAACAACGUGGAGAUGAUCCUGAAGUUCUUUGAUAUGUUCCUCAAGCUGAAGGACUUGACAACCUCUGAGAAUUUCAGAGAGUAUGACCCUGAGUUUAAGGGUAUUAUUUCUAAGAAGGAGUUCCAAAAGUCCAUGGAGAGCCAGAAGCAGUACACCCAGUCAGAAAUCGAAUUCCUCCUUUCCUGUGCUGAGGCCGAUGAGAAUGACAUGUUCAAUUACAAGGAGUUUGUAGAGCGAUUCCAUGAGCCGGCCAAAGAUAUCGGUUUCAAUGUGGCGGUGUUGCUGACCAACCUGUCUGAGCACAUGCCGCACGACUCCCGACUAGCAACAUUCUUGGACCUGGCAGAGAGUGUGCUUAGCUACUUCGAGCCCUACCUUGGGCGCAUUGAAAUCAUGGGCAGCGCCAAGCGCAUUGAGAGAGUGUAUUUCGAGAUUAGCGAGUCCAGCCGUGAACAGUGGGAGAAACCGCAGGUGAAAGAGUCCAAACGUCAGUUCAUCUUUGACGUGGUCAACGAGGGUGGAGAGAGUGAGAAGAUGGAGAUGUGUAAUUUCUGUGAGGACACCAUCUUUGAGAUGCAGUUGGCUUCAAAAAUCUCUGAACCAGAUGUUGUCGAGCUACCGGAGGAGGAGGAAGAGGAGGACGGACACACUAUCCUGGAGGAAUUGGACGGUGAAGAGGGCGUGCACGAAUCUGUGUCGGCCUUUACCUCUGCCUACCGCUCUGUGAAGAACAAGAUCAUCUGUGCCCGCCAAAUUGUUUCUAUUAAAAACAUACGCAAACAGUUCAGGAAAUUCAAGAAGUUGAGCAUCAAGGAGAUGAUCACAUGUUUCUUCUCCUUCUUCUGGAUGCUCUUUGCUGGCUUCUUUAAGGGAAUCUACAGCCUGGUGUUUGGUUUCUUUCACAUUAUCUGGUCCUCCAUGUUUGGUGGCGGACUGGUUGAAGGAGCCAAGAACAUGAAAGUAACGGACAUCCUUGGAAACAUGCCUGACCCAACCCAGUUUGGUAUCCAUGGUGAUGUGAUGGAAGGAGAGAAAAUGGACACUAUAGAGUCACCAGGAAGCUUGGAUAUAGCCAUGGCAUCGACAGGGGACAUAGCAGAGGUUGAUAUGAUGAUGGAGAUGCUGACGCCGCCACCCAAGAAGGAAGGAGGGAAACACAUAGAGCUUGGACUGGGUGAUGUUUCUGAGCUGAGCAGUGAAACCGCCUCAACUGAGCACAAGCAGAAAACUGCUGUGCAUACCACUGAAUCACCGGAGAGUGAACCAGAGAAAGGAGACACAGAGAACAAGGAGAAGGAGGACAAGCCAAAGGAAGAGGAGCCAAAGGAGGAAGUGACUGAGGAGAAGCCCAAGUCCAGGUCCAGUCAACCUAAAGAGGCGUCUCCUGCUUUCAUGUCACGUAUCUUUGUGGGUCUGGAUGUUUACCUGACAAAGACACUGAACUACCUGGCUCGGAACUUCUACAACCUCCGUUUUCUUGCUCUGUUUGUGUGUUUUGCCAUCAACUUCAUUCUGCUUUUCUACAAGGUUACUGGUGAAUCAGAGGAGGAAGAAGAUGAUGGAAAUCGCUGGGGUGGUGAUGAAGAAGAUGACGAGAACACGCUCUUUGACAUGGAUGAGUUUGUCCUUCAGGAGAGCACCGGCUACAUGUUGCCUACGUUGCGCUUUCUGGCAGUUUUCCACACAGUUAUCUCCCUGCUGUGUUUGGUCGGAUACUACUGUCUGAAGGUUCCAUUGGUGGUGUUCAAGAGGGAGAAGGAGAUUGCCAGGAAGCUUGAGUUUGACGGCCUCUACAUCACCGAACAGCCCUCUGAUGAUGACAUCAAGGGUCAGUGGGAUCGGCUGGUCAUCAAUACCCCAUCAUUUCCAAACAACUACUGGGACAAGUUCAUCAAGCGUAAGGUGAUCAACAAAUAUGGUGACCUUUAUGGAGCCGAACGUAUCGCUGAGCUCUUAGGUUUGGAUAAGAGCGCUCUGGACUUUGACCCCACAGUGGAGACCGUAGAGAAGGAAGCCUCCCUGGUUUCCUGGCUGAGCUCCAUCGACACCAAAUACCACAUCUGGAAAAUGGGCGUGGUUUUGACAGAUAACUCUUUUCUCUAUCUGAUCUGGUACACCACCAUGUCCAUUUUUGGGCACUUCAACAAUUUCUUCUUUGCUGCCCAUCUGCUUGACAUCGCCAUGGGCUUCAAGACGCUUCGCACCAUCCUGUCAUCUGUCACACAUAACGGCAAACAGCUCGUGCUGACGGUGGGUCUGCUGGCCGUGGUCGUCUAUCUCUACACUGUGGUGGCCUUCAACUUCUUCAGGAAGUUCUACAAUAAGAGCGAAGACGAAGACGAGCCGGACAUGAAAUGCGACGACAUGAUGACGUGUUACAUGUUCCACAUGUACGUGGGUGUGAGAGCCGGAGGAGGAAUCGGAGACGAGUUGGAGGACCCGGCUGGAGACCCUUAUGAGCUGUACCGCAUCCUCUUUGACAUCACCUUCUUCUUCUUCGUCAUCGUCAUCCUGUUAGCCAUCAUUCAGGGUUUGAUCAUCGAUGCCUUUGGGGAGCUGAGAGACCAGCAGGAGCAGGUGAAGGAGGACAUGGAGACCAAGUGCUUCAUCUGUGGUAUUGGGAACGACUACUUUGAUCGCACGCCUCACGGGUUUGAAACUCACACCUUACAAGAGCACAACCUGGCAAACUACCUGUUCUUCCUGAUGUACCUGAUUAACAAGGAUGAGACAGAACACACGGGUCAGGAGUCGUACGUGUGGAAGAUGUACCAGGAGAGAUGCUGGGACUUCUUCCCUACUGGAGACUGCUUCCGGAAGCAAUAUGAGGACCAGUUGGGCUAAACAGGCCACACUGCCCUAAACAUCCCUAUCGGAAAGAGACACUGGAACCGCCUUCACUCUAACGUUAGAACUGGGAAAAAAGAGUAAAAAAAACAAAACAAAAUUAUCAGUUACUGCUGAAAUCAUUCGCCCACUGAAAGAACCUUUAAUCAGCUUCAGCGCUGUUCUGUUUUCGCAUUGUAAAUUAAAGAACUUUUUUUUGUACUCCUGAUUGGAUAAAAAUAAUUUGAAUGACAUCACCCGGAGUUUGAAUGACAUCAUCAACUGGGGCUCAAUUAGUUAAAAAAAAUUUUUUUUUGAAUGAAAUACCAAAGCUUUAAACUGACUGAUUGGUGUCUUUGGUUUGUGCAUCCAAAUCCUCUACCUUGUUGCUUUACAGCAGAUAUGAAGCACUUUUUACUGCUUAAAAUGUGUUGCACAAUUUUCUCGUGUAGAUAUUUGACAUGUGAGGGGGCGGAGCAUGACGGGGGAACGUUCUGCAGAUAAACGGACGAGUGCUGUCGUUAAUCCUGGAAAUGAGAGAAGACCAGAUUUGAUUCUCGUAGCUUGUUUAGUGCGCGCCAAUGUGCCUUCUGAGGAAACUAUGCAAGAAUCCCGCCCAGCCAAGCAAUUUUUGGUCAAGCAAGUUUUGUGGGUUUUACAUAAAAAAAUAAAUAAAUAAAAAAAACAAAACAACCCUUGUUGUAUAAAGUCGAGCUCAUCCAUGUUUAAAUGCUUGGUUUUGUUUGGACACUGUGGUGUCUCAGCCACCUGCACGUCUGUCAACAGUACAACAAACCGCUUCACUGCUCCAUAUUUGUAUGUAGUCGCUUUUUUGGGGGGGGCUUUUUUGAUUUUUUUUUUGAGGAGGA